AUUUUAUCCACUCGUUUAUUUUGUACAUCGAUCUGAUCUACAACAUAGUCCAAUGUAUCAAAUCCUUUAUUAUUUUCUACCGUUAUCAUAUUGACAAUGCUGGAAUGAAAAUUGAUCUAUGCAAUCAUCCUACAUUGUUGUCGCAUAUCAUAUUAUCAGUUAAAAUAAGCAUUUGGAAAUGUAAAUCAAGUCACGAAGUCGUCAACCGUAGUAUCAAUGAUAAAAUAGAAUUAAAACGUGAAUUGGGUUUAUGGAGUGGUGUUUCUAUUACCAUUGGUACAAUCAUUGGAUCCGGUGUAUUUGUUACACCAAAAGGUGUAUUAGAGAAUAGUGGCCAAAGUCCUGGUAUCUCUAUCAUAAUAUGGAUUUUAUGUGGUAUCAUCUCAUUAUUGGGUUCAUUAUGUUAUGCUGAACUUGGUACGACGAUAACUCAUAGCGGUGGUGAUUAUAUGUACAUUAAAAAAGCAUUUGGUAAUUUACCGGCAUUUCUACAAUUAUGGGUGAAUCUUGUGGUAAUUCGACCAACAUCCACUGCAAUUUGUGCUUUCAGUUUUGCAUAUUACGCUCUCUAUCCAAUUUAUUCAAAAUGUGAUCCACCACAUCUACUUAUUCUUAGUUUUUCAAUUUUAUCUAUAACAUUCCUGACAUGGAUAAAUAUUAUGAAAGUUCGUUGGGCUACAAGAAUUCAGAAUUUAUUUACAGCAGCUAAAUUAUUAGCAUUAAUUGUCAUUAUUCUAUCUGGUUUAUAUGUUGUAUGUCAAGGUAGGCUAGAAAACCUUGAAGAAUUUUGGCAACCUACUCGGCCGAUUAAUCCAUCACGUAUUGCUCUAGCUUUUUAUUCUGGUUUAUUUGCUUAUGCUGGCUGGAAUUUUUUAAAUAUUAUUACGGAAGAACUACAAGAUCCUGAACAAAAUUUACCACGAUCUAUUUAUAUUAGUAUUACAAUAGUGACAUUUGUUUAUGUAUUAACAAAUAUGGCAUAUUUCAUUGUACUUCUACCGUAUGAAAUUAUUCAAUCGAAUGCAGUAGCUGUGACAUUUGCUGAUCGUUUAUACGGAAAGUUCUCAUGGAUAAUGUCAAUAUUCAUUUCAUUAUCAUGUUUUGGUGGUUUAAACGGAAUUUUAUUCACAUCAGGCAGAUUGAAUUUCGUUGCAGCUAGAGAAGGUCAAUUGCCUACAUUGUUAGCAACAAUACAUGUUGAACACUUAACACCAGUACCAGCUAUAUUAUUAAAUUGUAUUUUAAGUUUAAUAAUGCUUAUUGUAUCAGAUUUAUUUACAUUGAUUAAUUAUGUAUCAUUUGUUCAAUGGUUAUCUGUUGCUGCUAGUAUAUUUGCAAUGUUAUAUCUUCGUCGUAGUCAACCUGAUAUUCCCAGACCUAUUCGUCUACCAUUAAUAAUUCCUAUUACAUUCUUAAUUGUUUGUAGUUUCUUGUUAAUUCUUCCAAUAUUUCAUAGACCGAAUGAAUUAUUUAUUGGUAUGAUUAUAGUUUUAUCUGGUAUACCAAUUUAUUUACUUGGUAUAGGAUGGAAACAGAAAUCAAAUUUAUUUAUACAAAAAUAUAAUUAUAUUACUAUUCAAUGUCAGAAAUCAAUGCAUGUAGUUUACCCGGAAUAACACUACACUGAAUUGUGUAGAUGUAUGCAUUAUUACAGAAAGAAAAAAAAAUCAAAACACAAUACAAUCGCAUUACUUACUACAAUUCAAUAGUUCAAAUGAAAUGAAGUAAAAUGUAAUGUUCUCCACUUCUAUUACUAUUAUUACUACUCCUACUACUAAUACUAUUAUUCACACUGUCACUACUCACACUAUAUAUACUCACAUUAUAUAUAAUUUUAGUGGAGGAUUAUCGAAUAUUCAAGAAAAUAAAUCAGUAAUUCUUGUACUCUAUUUGUUCAUUUCCUAUUAUUGAGUUUAAGGUUUACAAUGAAUUUAUUGAUCUAGUUGUUUUUAAGGAG